CAGGAUUGCAUUUUUGGGAGUUGCUGUUUAACCAUGUUUGCCAGUCUGGAAUUACCUGAAGACCUGUUUCACACCACAAAAUACUAAAGUUGUGGAAUUUGUUUUGGUGCAACACCCCAUCACCUCCAAGUAGGUGUGCUUUUUCAACACAUAAGAGCCUGUAUAUUGAGCUUAGAUUUCUCUUCCUGAAAAACUUACUCAAGAUUUUCAGAUAAAUCAACUGGAAUACUUCUCAAGUCACGUGCAGCAGGAUUCUGUCAGGAAACACUUCCCUUUGUUCUUGUGGAGGAACAGUUUGGAUGCUGCCAUGGCCACCAUUUUCAACCUCGCUCAGUUUGUCUCAGAGAGCCCAGCAUGGGGUCACCCGCAUCAUGUUGACAACUGACAGGCUCCCAUUGUUGGAACAAUGGUUUUGGAUGAUCUGCCUAACUUAAAAGAUACAUAUGCCUCCUUGUACUCCUCAGCUAUGGAAGACUUAGAGGUGGAUUUUGAUUCAGGACUGGAGGAAGAUGAACUGAAACAGGAGGCUGCUCCUGGGGAUUCCACGAUCUUUGUAGCUUUUAAAGGAAAUAUAGGUGACAGAGACUUUGAGCAGAAACUGGAUACCAUACUGGAGAAUGUGCCCGGCCUUUUACACAUGGAAUCCAACAAGUUAAAAGUGCAAAAAAUAGAACCUUGGAACAGCGUCCGUGUCACCUUCAAUAUUCCCCGGGAAGCUGCCGAGCGGCUGCGGAUCCUGGCUCAGAAUAACAACCAACAGCUUCGAGACCUGGGCAUUCUCUCAGUUCAGAUUGAAGGGGAAGGUGCCAUCAACUUGGCUCUGGCCCAGAGCAGAAGCCAGGAUGUCCGGAUCAACGGGCCGCUGGGAGCAAGCAACGCCGUGCGGAUGGAAACCGGCUUUCCCAUGCAAGGGGGGCAAGGUUUAAUAAGAAUGAGCAAUGCUACAGCUGUCAUGAUGUCCCAGGCUGGAAAUGUGCCCUCCUCUAUGGUGGCAAGUGGUGCUAGUGCUGAGCUGCAGCCACGAACACCUCGGCCUUCCUCACAGCCAGAUGCAAUGGACCCACUCUUAUCUGGGCUAAAUAUCCAGCAGCAAAAUCAUCCAUCGGGAUCUUUAGCUCCCCAGCUCCAUUCAAUGCAGUCAGUUCCUGUAAACAGGCAGAUGAACUCAGCCAACUUUCAGCAGCUACAGCAGCAGCAGUUGCAGAAUCGUCCUCCCCAGCCACAUCAGCAGCCUCAGCAGGGUAUUCGACCUUCAUUCACUUCACCAGCACAGGUUCCAGUUCCCCCUGGCUGGAACCAGCUUCCUUCUGGAGCACUUCAGCCUCCUCCAACCCAGGGAGCAUUGGGUACAUUGACAGUAAACCAGGGUUGGAAAAAGGCCCCAUUGCCUGGACAAAUGCAGCAGCAACUUCAAGCAAGACCAUCUCUAGCAACAGUACAAACUCCUACUCAUCCUCCACCUCCAUAUCCUUUUGGAAGCCAGCAAGCUUCCCAGGCUCACUCAAACUUUCCCCAGAUGAGCAAUCCUGGCCAGUUUACUGCUCCUCAAAUGAAAAGCCUUCAGGGAGGGCCCUCACGGGUUCCUACGCCACUACAACAACCCCACCUGACCAACAAGUCUCCUGCUUCCUCUCCCUCCUCCUUCCAGCAGGGAUCUCCUGCCUCAUCUCCAACCGUUAACCAGACGCAGCAGCAGCUGGGACCAAGGCCUCCCCAGAGUAGCACACUUCCCCAGGGAUUCCAGCAGCCUGUCAGUUCUCCUAGUCGUAAUGCUAUGGUGCAACAGGGGAAUGUACCCCCCAACUUCAUGGUGAUGCAGCAGCAAAACCAAGGUCCACAAGGUUUACACCCUGGUUUAGGAGGAAUGCCCAAGCGCCUCCCGCCAGGGUUCCCUGCAGGCCAGGCUAACCAGAACUUCCUGCAAGGGCAGGUGCCUUCCACAGCUCCAGGAACACCAGGGAACAGUGGAGCACCACAGCUGCAAACCAGCCAGAACGUGCAGCACACAGGUGGCCAAGGAUCUGGACCUCCUCAAACUCAGAUGCAAGCAGCACAUGGCCCACCAAAUAUGAUGCAGACCAAUCUAAUGGGACUUCAUGGAAAUAUGAACAACCAGCAGGCUGGUGCUACUGGGGUGCCACAGGUUAACAUGGGCAACAUGCAGGGACAGCCUCAGCAAGGACCACAGUCCCAGCUUAUGGGGAUGCAUCAGCAAAUUGUGUCCUCUCAAGGACAGAUGGUGAACAUUCAGGCUCAGGGAUCACUGAACCCUCAAAACCAGAUGAUACUUUCGCGAACUCAGCUCAUGCCACAAGGCCAAAUGAUGGUGACACCACAAAACCAAAAUCUUGGUCCCUCUCCCCAAAGGAUGACCCCACCUAAACAGAUGAUUCCCCAGCAGGGACAGCAGAUGAUGUCCACGCACAGUCAGAUGAUGGGACCUCAGGGCCAGGUCUUGCUACAGCAAAACUCGAUGAUGGAACAGAUGAUGACCACUCAGAUGCAAGGAAAUAAACAGCCUUUUAGUACUCAGAACCAGUCCAAUGUUAUGACGGGGCCAGCUCAACUGAUGAGAGGACCAACGCCAAACAUGCAAGGAAACAUGGUGCAGUUCACUGGGCAGAUGAUGGCACAGCAAGGCCCCGUGAAUGGGAAUCCUUCUCAGGUGAUGGGAAUUCAAGGACAAGUUUUAAGACCCACUGGACCUGGUCCUCACAUAUCUCAGCAGCUUGGGGACACUACUCCUACAACAAACAACGAUGUGAACUUGACACAGAUGUUACCUGAGGUUCCUGUGCAGCAGCCAAACAUGGUGCCUUCUCAUAUGCAAGGAAUGCAAGGAAACAAUGCUUCAGGGAGUCAUUUCUCUGGCCAUGGGCUGCCUUUCAAUCCAGGGUUUAGUGGAACGCCAAAUGGGAAUCAGGUUUCCUGUGGGCAGAAUCCUGUGUUUCCUGUCAAUAAAGAUGUGACACUCACAAGUCCACUCUUGGUUAACCUUCUCCAAAGCGAUAUAUCAGCAGGACACUUUGGUGUGAACAACAAACAAAAUAAUCAGAAUCCCAACAAGCCAAAGAAGAAAAAGCCUCCAAGGAAGAAGAAAAAUAAUCAACAGCUAGAACAAACAACUUCUUCAGAACCACGUCCAGCUGGCCUGGAGGAGAGUGAUCAGUCGUCGAUGUCUGGAGACCAAGGAAUGAAUUUAGAUAAGUCAGGCCCUAAACUCUCAGAUUUUGCAAGUAGGCCACCAGGUUAUCCAUCUCAGGCAGUGGAGCAAAGGCCACUUCAGCAGAUGCCACCUCAGCUCAUGCCACACACGCAGCAGCCCCAGCCCCAGCCCCAGCAGCAGCAGCAGCAGCCCCAGCCAACACCACAGCCAGCCCAGGCACCCACACAGACACCGCAGCAGCAACAGCAGCAGCAGCAGAUGAUGAUGAUGCUGAUGAUGCAGCAGGAUCCCAAAUCGGUCCGGCUGCCUGUGCCACAGGGAGUUCACCCACCCCGAGGGCCUCUGAACCCAGAUGCUCAGCGAAUGCCAAUGCAGCAGAGUGGGAACAUGCCAGUAAUGGUGAACCUCCAAGGGCCUGGAUCGGUGCCUCCAUCUCCUGAUAAGCAAAGAAUUGCCUUGACGGGCAAUCCUCCUUUGGGAAAUAAUGCAAGAAAAAUGGUUUAUCCAGAUAAUGUACAGAAUCCUUCCAGCUCACCCCUCAGAGAGGUUUCAUCAGUAUCCUCGCUUCCGGAAGGAGGUGGAGCUGAGGGCCCCCCAACAUCAGGAGCUCAGAAUAAUUUGACAUCUCAUUUAGUAGUUUCACAGAACCAAUUAAUGAUGACAGGACCCAAGCCUGGACCAUCCCCACUUUCAGCUGCCCAAGGUGCAAGUCCCCAGCAGCAGUCUAGUUCUCUGCCUAGUGCUCUUACACACCAUUUUCCAAAUGUUGCUGCCCCAUCACAAACUUCAAGGCCUAAAACCCCGAACAGAGCGAGCCCAAGGCCAUACUAUCCUCAGACUCCUAAUAACCGUCCACCGAGCACAGAACCCUCAGAAAUAAGCUUGUCUCCAGAGAGGCUCAAUGCUUCUAUAGCUGGUCUGUUCCCUCCCCAGAUCAAUAUUCCUUUACCUCCCAGGCCUAAUCUCAAUAGAGGAUUUGAUCAGCAGGGUCUGAAUCCCACUACUUUAAAGGCCAUUGGACAAGCCCCAUCAAAUCUCACAAUUAACAAUCAGUCUGCUUUUACAGCCUCACAGUCACACAAACUGGAAGGUGUGGUCAUUAAUUCAGGCAAACAAACCAACGCUGGAGGAACAAAGAGAGCAAGUCCGAGCAAUAGUCGAAGGUCCAGUCCUGGAUCCAGUAGGAAAACUACACCAAGCCCUGGCAGACAGAAUUCAAAAGCAGCUAAAUUAUCAUUGACAACUCAACAGAACCCAUCUCUCUUGCAGAACAUGGAAUUACAGAGAAAUAUGAUGGCCGGUCCCUCUUCUUUGCCAACACCUGUGACUACAAGUUUUCAAAAUAAUCCCAUGCAAAGUAACCAGAGUCCUGCAAUUUCUGUACCUGCUGUGACUGGCAUUCCUGAAGACAAUAAGGAGACCCUAAGUGUGCCUCAAGAUACUGAGAGCCAAAGUGCACAAGGUGUCCAAGGUAACAAAGACCAGCCCAGUAUUGAACUCAAAGGUAUCCCUACUCCAGAAAUGAAAGUGUUGAUUCCAGAAGAACAGUCAAAAAAAGAUGGGCAAGGCUUAGACACUAGCAAGCUUCCAGUCAUGGAGGAAAGUAAAACCAUGGUAUCUCCAGCUAUGAGGGAGGCCCCAACUUCUUUAAGUCAACUUCUUGACAAUUCUGGAGCUCCUAAUGUAACCAUUAAGCCCCCUGGGCUGACUGGUCUUGAAAUGGCACCGAUAGUCACCACUGGUGAGGAGCUAAAGAAGAUAGCUGUCAUUCCACCACUGCAGGAUUCAUCCUUGAGCAAGGAGCCCUCCAGUUCACUUAGCUUGCCUCAAAACAAUGAGCCCUGUCCAAAUCCAGGGCACCAAGAACUGGGAGAAGUAAACUCAACUAUGGCACAGAGUGUUCCACCAGUAAUGCAGAGGCCUGUCAGCUCUUCUUCUGUUUCAGGUCCUUUAGCCCCCAACCAGAUAACAGUUUUUGUGACUUCCAACCCUAUUACAUCUGCUGCUAAUACAUCAGCUCCGUUGCCAUCUCACUUGCAACCUGCAUUAGUGUCCACUGUUGUCACAAUGCCCAACGUGGGGAGCAAAGUGAUGGUUUCAGAGGGACAGUCAGCGGUUCAGUCCAAUGCCCGGCCACAGUUCAUUACACCUGUUUUUAUAAACUCAUCCUCAAUAAUUCAGGUUAUGAAGGGCUCUCAGUCCAGCACGAUUCCAGCAGCCCCCAUGACUUCUAACUCCAGCCUGAUGCCUCAGUCGGUCGCGGUUGUUGGUCCUUUGCAUAUCCCACAGAGUAUCAAGUUCUCCUCGGGGCCCACUCCUCCCAGCACAUCAUCCAGCAGUCCUGUGUCCAGUAUUCCCACCAGCAGGUCACUAGUUCUGAAUCCCUUGGCAUCUCCUGUUCAGCUGCCACCUUCUGCUACAGCUUCUUCCAGUGUUGCUUCACACCUUCCUGCUCAGCAAGUCAAGGACUUCAGUCCAGAGGAGACUUCCCAAGGUGGUGGGUCGGGUGACCAGAGCUCUCUGCCCGCAGUGCAGUCAGGACCUGUUGUUUCACCUCUGCUUACGAGCAGCCCGGGAUCUGGGAACAGACGCAGCCCUGUUUCAUCGAGCAAGGGAAAGGGAAAAGUAGACAAGAUUGGCCAACUCUUGCUGACUAAAGCAUGCAAGAAAGUCACUGGCUCCCUGGAGAAAGGCGAAGAGCAGUAUGCUUUGGAUGGAGAAGCAGAAGGUCAGGGACUGGAAACAUCAGUUCCAAAUAGUUUGGGAACAGAGCAACCACCAGCAGACCUAGAUAACAAAACUGUGACCCCUCCAGCACCCAGUCUUACAAAACAGAGCACUUCUGGGCCUGGCAGCUCGAGCCUCAGCCCCACGGCUCCUGCUCCUGCCUCCACGUCCCCGAGCACACCCACGAGCACUCCUGCCCCCGCCGCGCUCCCGGCUGGAGCCCCCCCGGCAGCCGCGGAGCCCCCCGGGCCCAGCGGGAACAGCGGGAGCAGCGGUGCCCCCGGAGGGGCCCCGGCAGAGCUCCCCGGGGCCGCGAGGGCGGAGGAGAAGGCGGGAGCACCGCAGGAGCUGCUGCCGAGCGCAGCAUCCUCUCAACAUUUAACACAGAAAAAAAGUUCAGUUGCAACAUCAGAAAAUACUGUUCAAAGAACAGAACUUGAGACAAAUGCUGCAGUAGUUGCUGGUCAAAGUAAUGAGACAAAAGAGAAUUGUGAAAAGUCUAAAACUCCAAAUAGAAGAAAUUCAAGAACAGAGGAUUCUGCCGCUUCACAGGAAACUGUAGAGAACGGGCAGCGCAAGAGAUCCUCCCGACCUGCCUCUGCGUCCGGCACGGCAAAAGGUAACGUGCACAGCAUCCUCUCUGUGGAGAGGGCAGGACCUGGCCUGCUCCCCCAGAUAAUGCCCUUGCAGUAGCUGCCUCCUAAUGCUGGUUUGCAGCUUGUACACGUUGGGUUCUUUAACUCUAGUUUCAAGGAUUUAGCCACAAGUUGGUGUUGAAGCAUUUACUGACAUCUGCACUGGCAGUAAAUCCUGUAUGAAUUCCCCUCUGUUGCAUUUGUGGAACUUGCUCUGCAACACUUACCACCAUAGUGCUCAGCACCUUGCCUAGUUGAAGUUGAAUUCUCUUGGCAGAAAUGUGUGGCCGUUGAAAGGACUGUACUCAGAUCAAAAAGUGACAUUUUCUUUUUCCUGAAGUCCGAAAGACACAAGAUUUAAGUCUUCCCAAGUGCACGGUCAGCUCUUGCCAAAUUAAAUGCUGAGGUUCAGGCAUGGUCUGAAAGCUGCCAGGAUGGCAGCCUGGAGCAUCAGGGAGUGCUGUGUAUUAGCACAGAGCCUCAGCUCCUCUUUCCAAGAACACCUGAAAUCCUGAAGUUAACCCAUGGCAUUAGCAGGUGCUGACAUACCAUAUUCCUACCCAGGUUACAGUCUUUCACAAUUAUGCAGCAUUUGUGUGAUACGCACAGCCCAGUGCCAGGCUGAAGCUAAUUCUGUCAGAAUCUUAUGUUUAAAGGGUCAGAAAAAUGCUGAUGGACCAAAGUUAUGCAAGAAGGUAGAGAGAGACCAUCAGGAGGCAACACUCUACCAAUAUUUUAAAGAUAAUAUACAGAACAAAGAGGUAUUAAUAUAAAAUGAUUAUAAAAGGAAGUCAAGUUGAAUUCAUCAACCAUUUCCAUAAUGGAGAUACUAAAGUGUGAUGGUAAGAAUAUUGUCCUUUAAGAGUUUCAGAGAAGCCUUCCAGCUAUACGUCAUUGUGCAAUGACUCCCAAAGAGUACACAGGGGACCUAUAUGUUCUGCACUUUUGUGGCUGUUGAAUUUAAGUACAUUUACUUCUUGUGGCAGGAUUGUGCAGAAAAAUCUAAGUCUGUUGUAAAAAUAAAUUCUCUUUCAUGAUUGUGAAGAAAAGUUUGAAAAAUGUGAAGCCAAUGUAAAAUCCCUUUGGUGAUACCUGCCUGAGUUUGAGGGGAUCUGAAGCGUGUGACCUGCCCCACACACUGACUGGAUAAACCUAAAGAUGACAACCAGUGACACGUCAGAGUCUGAAAAUGUGGGAACAUGAAAGUGCAUCAAAUUUAAAUAAUACCAGAACUCUCCUAGGGGUUGGUGCUGACUGUGUAAUUCAUUUACCUCUGUGAGUAAAAUCCUUGCUUUUAAAACAUGCAUCUGAAUCUGCUGCAGUGUCUCAGGGGUUUGCUGGACACGUGGGUGCAGCUCUCCAUGGAGUACCUGGGCUGUGGCUGCCUUAUCUCCAGGCUGUAGAGAACAGGAGCCAAACCAGGUGCUUGGUGGCAGAGGGUAGUGAGGUGGCUGCGGAAGUGUGACCUGCCUACAAGUUUGCCACUUGUGCCUACUCUGUUGUACAUUUUGGCUAGUGAAUCAGAGCUUAAUGAUUCUGGUUUGGGUGCCCCAGGCCUCAGUGCAUUACCUGUAUCCUGAGAAACCCCCUAAUGCAUGGUAACAGGAAUGUGGGAGGAGUUACCUCUUGAGACAGAGGCUGUUUAAGGUCAUUAUAAAAGCAGCAAUUAAGAAAAAAACUGAAAUACAGUAGGGAGAAAGAGAGCAGACUUUGACUGGUGGGAGUAGGAACUCCAUUGGUAAGCAUUGGGAGGCAGGAGGCAGAAGGGUCACUGUGAGAGAAGAGAACACAUGGAGAGUCAGCCCUGGUCCAUGGGUUUGGGGAGAUGGUGGUGGUGCUCCCAAGGGACUGGGACAGGGACCCAUUCCUUCUCCCAAACACGGAGCUUGGAGCAGCAGCAAGGGUGGCAACAGCUGGUGCUGAAGCUACUUCAAAGCCAGCCUUGCUGCUUGGAGGGGUUCCAGGCUGCAGUCGUGCCUGUGGAGGUCUUUCACUCCUGAAAUUGGUACUGUACUGGUAUUUUUUCCCUUUCUGGAGUACUUUUCCAGCAAGGGCUGUUUCAGCAUUUACUGUAGCUUCAAGUUUGUUAAAUUUUGAAAUUUUGAUUGUUUAUUCAAAUACUAUAUGUAACAGCCAUGUACUGCUACUGUUCUGGUUUUAGGUGGACUUGGAAAUUUUUUCCCUUUUGACUCUUAAAAUAUACACAGCUGCAAUAGCUUUUGGAAAACAUUGUAAAGAGCCAAAGAGACAUUGCCAACAUUUUAAAUCACGUUUUUUAAAAAAAUCUAAAGAUGCAAAUGCCUUGGUCCUUACUCUUUUUUUGUUUUGAAAUGGAAUUAUAGUGCCUUGGUAAGUGCACUGGCCACGUCACCUGCUGUCUCCAUGGCUCUGCAGGUGUUAAUAUUUGUGUCUCUCUGCAUAAGCAGUGUUCCUGUGACUCAGUGUACACUGAAGAGACUUGUUUUCCAAUGACUUUCCAAGAACUCAGACAACUAGGUUCUUAACUUGCAUGGCAGGCUCCAAAACACCUUCCCUGGCUGUUGUGUGGCACCAUCUCCGUGGUGCCUGGGGCUGACGGACGCAGGUGGUGCCCAAGGCUGUGCUUCCUUCUGGGAAAAGGCCCAGCAGGCUGUGGCACGUGGGGAACUGAACUUAAAGAACAGUUAAAAAUAUCUGGCUCUUCUUUUGAAAGCUGUUAUAUUAGGGCUUCAUAAAUGUCAGACUCCCAGCACUGGUGCCUGGAGCAGCGCGGGGACCGUGGUGUGUGUGGCUGCCGACGCUGUCGGGGCGAUGGGUCCAGUUGUGUGACAGCGGCUGAGGAGUCAGUCCCAGUGCUGGGAAAUCCUGGUCUCCAGAGGUUUCCACUCUGGUGUGAGUUUGGAAGAAUAACAGGGCAAACCUCUGGGGAAUGGCUUACCGACUCCGUAUCCAUGCUUUUUUUCUUCUCUUGAUUUCAGAAACGAGUGCCAGUGCAAUGCAGUCAAAAAGAAGAAAAUCCAAGUAAAUUACUGCAUGGAAACAUGAGACUUGUAAAUGAGUGUGAAUUUACCAAUAGCAAUUUUGAGCUGUGAUUUUUCUUUUUUAAAUAAAAUUCUGUACAGUAAGUCAUUUUAAUAUUAUACUGUUCCCAAUAAAUGACUUUUUUUUCUAAAAAACAGAUAAAUAGUUAUAAAAACUGGGUUCUUCUAAAACCCCCUGGAUUUGCAAAGUGAAGUCCAGGGUUAGCACAUUAGGGUUAUGUGUUUGUAUGAAAUGGACGGGGAGGGGAAGAUAAUUGUAAAGUUAUUUGUUUCCACUUUUCAUAAACAAUUUAGAAUACAGGGUUGUCAUUUUUAGGUAUUAAAAUAAUGUAUUGUGCUGUUGUUUAAGUACUGUAUGUGAAUAGCAGUCUGAGGGUUUAUAAACAAACCCCAUCUUGUUUGGAAAUGUAAAUAAUUUUAUUAUAUAGUAGAUCUGAUGUAUUUGUUGUAGAAAUGGACCAGUGAAACAAAAAAUAAAUUUAAGGGUUUGUAUAAUGUGGAAUCCCUCAUGCUCUAAAUAAAUGUUAUUGUCCUAUAAA